AUGCUUUAAUUGAUAUAACAAUACAUCUAAGAACACACUUAAGCAAAAGAAAAAAAGAUUGUUUAACAUUUAGACUAAAGUUAAUUUUCUUUAUUUGAAGAUCUGCUGAUAUUAGAAAAAAUGUUAAAUGAAAAAUUAACCUAUUAACAUUUUGAGCAAUUAUCACAAAAAUGUCAUAAAAAGACACCUGAUGAAUUAAAACUUAGAUAUAUCAACUGUAUAAAGAAGUUAACAGAAGACGAUUUGAAAUCAAUUAUUGAAUUUAUUAAAAAUAAUGGUUUGGAGGGAACCUUAAUUUAUGAGAAAAAUGAAAUAAAAAUUUGUAAAAUUAACGAGGAAAUUAAAAAACAAAAAGAAGAUAUAUAAAAGAAAAAGGAAAUGAAACAGAUAGGAGAACCUUUGUUAAAGAAAAAAAGACGCAUUCAGCCAGAAGUAUAACCAUAACCUUAAAAUUAUUAUUAACUUACUGACUUAUAAAAAUAUAUUCUAUAUUGCUCAGCACCUGCCUAUUAGGAAUAAAGAUUUCCUACUAAUCCUAACUAUUAAUAAUCCUAAAGAUUAAAGUAAGAAUAAUUUUAGAAUGCUCUCCAUGAUUUAAGCUUAUGGUAUGAUAUCCCAUUUGAGAAAAUGAUCACUCUACUCAAAGCCUGCUCAGGAAACUUUAAUAAUUUAAGAUAAUUCCUAGAGAAUUAAAACUACUUUAUUUAUUGGAAGCCUGAAGAGGAUUAAAAGUUAAAGUCAAAAGAGGAUAUAUAAUCGUUAUAUUUGACUAAAGGAAUGGCAGAAGUGGAAAGAAGAAAAAAAUGGUUGUAAUAAGAAUGA